ACCGGUAAAUCCUAUCUAACCUCACCGAACCCGAUCCGAACACACGAAUUGACACCUAAGAAUUAAAUAAGGUAGUUUAAAGGCAGGAAAAACAAAACCGAGAAACGGGAGGAAAAACAAAGAAAACCGGGGAGAAAAAGAAAAAUGUAUCCUCGGCUAACUCCCAUCCUCCGCCAUCUGAACCACCGCAACAACCCACAGUCAAUCAACUCUCUCCUCCAACUCCGCCCUAAAUCCACUCUCUCUCCUCCCGAACCCCAAUCCAAAACCCUAGAAUUACUCCGACGUCGAUUAGCCGACGAAUCUCCAACCCUAGACGAGUUCAUCCGAUUGCAGCGUAACGAAGAGUAUUCCGUCGAAGUUGGGACGAAGAAGAAGCCUCUUCCUAAACCCAAAUGGAUGAAGGAAUCGAUUCCUGGAGGUGAUAAGUAUACCAAGAUUAAGAAGAAAUUGAGGGAUUUGAAUUUGCACACUGUUUGUGAAGAAGCUCGUUGCCCUAAUUUAGGGGAAUGUUGGUCUGGUGGUGAGACUGGGACUGCUACUGCUACUAUUAUGAUCUUGGGUGAUACUUGUACUCGCGGUUGUAGGUUCUGUAAUGUCAAGACUUCCAGAACUCCUCCCCCACCAGAUCCAAAUGAACCAACUAACGUCGCUGAGGCUAUUGCAUCCUGGGGCCUUGAUUAUGUAGUAAUUACAAGUGUUGACCGAGAUGAUUUACCUGAUCAGGGUAGUGGCCACUUUGCUGAGACUGUGCAGAAAUUGAAGACUUUAAAGCCCUCUAUGCUGAUAGAGGCUCUUGUUCCUGAUUUCCGCGGGGACCCUGCCUGUGUUGAGAAAGUUUCUGUAUCUGGGCUAGAUGUGUUUGCUCACAAUAUUGAGACAGUGGAAGAACUUCAGAGUGUUGUUAGAGAUCGACGUGCUAACUUUAAGCAAUCUAUAGAUGUUCUUAAGUUGGCUAAAGAAUACGCUCCUGCUGGCACCCUAACUAAGACAUCGGUAAUGUUGGGUUGUGGUGAGACACCUGACCAAGUGGUGAGUACUAUGGAAAAGGUGAGAGCAGCUGGUGUUGAUGUGAUGACCUUCGGUCAGUAUAUGAGACCGACAAAGCGCCACAUGCCAGUGUCGGAGUAUAUAACUCCAGAAGCUUUUGAUAAAUAUAGAGUACUUGGAAUGGAGAUGGGAUUUCGGUAUGUGGCAUCUGGUCCCAUGGUGCGAUCUUCAUACAAAGCUGGUGAGUACUACAUCAAGUCAAUGAUAGAUGCAGAUCGAGCAACCUCAGCUUCUGCUGCAUCCAGUUAGCUCCUAAUUUCUUGGAGGUGAACAAUUCCGUGAUUCAAUGGCUGUUCAAUUGUUGCAUUUGAUUUCAUUGUAUAUUAAUUACUGUGAUUAUAAUUUUUGUUACCUGAUGAAUACUCUCUGAGAGCUCUAACCUCAUAAAGUCAUACGCAAAGCAAAAAAAAUUCUUCCUUUUGCUUGUUUGUAUAUUCAGCCAUGAUUCAUGAUAUUAUGCCUCUUCGUUUUCCAGAUUCCUUCCA